AUGCAUCUCUCUACCGCUUUACUUGUCCUUCCGGCCGCUUUGGUAGCAGCUGAUCCGCACAAAUACUGCAUUUGCACCACAGAUUUCACUGUCAAAUACCCGGGAUAUUCUCAUACAUACCCAGUACGGGGUUAUGCCAUUACUGCAGAUCUUGCUAAGAAGUACCCUGGCUGGAUUAAAAUCUACAAUGAUGGGACGUACGGUGAAAUCUCUUACAGUUACACUGGAUGGGCUCAUAAUGUUGAUGAUAAUGGUAUAAUUGGUGGGGAUGCGUUUCAUGGCGCCUGUGUUGCUAUAGGGGCCGCGGGGAGUUGGUGUGACAGCCUGAAUAAUGCAAUGGCUGCGGUAGCCCCUGGAUGUACGGCAACCGGCUGCGAUCUUCCUUGA